CAGACGGGAGCCAAUAAAACACCAGCCAGUGGGGAGCUGGGCAUUGUGCGGGCUGCCCAGGUACAGUGGAGCAGACAUGGGACCUCGAGGUGCCCCUCUCCUGGCAGUGGCCCUUGUCUUGGGGCUGUGUGUUCUGGUGGAGGGCCAGAAGCCUUCCCCCUGCCAGUGCUCCAGGAUGACACCGAAAAACAGAAAGAACUGUGGAUUCUCCGGCAUCAGCAGUGACGAGUGCUUCGAUCGAGGGUGUUGCUUUAACUCCAGCGUUCCUGGGGUCCCCUGGUGUUUCCAACCUCUUCCAAAGGAAGAAUCAGAGCAGUGUGUCAUGGAAGUGUCAACCCGAAAGAACUGUGGGUUCCCGGGCAUCAGCCCCAAGGAGUGCGCCUCCCGGCAGUGCUGCUUUUCAGACUCAAUCCCCGAGGUGCCCUGGUGUUUUUACCCACAGUCUGUGCAAGAUUGUCAUUACUGAGAGACACUGCCGCCCAGCCGCUGUUUUCCCCGGGGGCUACAAACCAGAAGAAGAAAGCCUCAACCAGACUCUAUCAGUUUCUGGGUUUUCACAAACCGUCUUGACACAGCGUUUUUUCCAAGUAAAGAAAACCUUCAAGUCCUGGCAAAA